AUGCGCUUUAGCCUGUUCACCCUCUUCUACUACGUCGCCAGUGUCCUAGCUGGACGAUACAUCGUCUUCUUGGCUCCUGCAACCGAUAUUGACCAGUUCGUCGACAAGCUCCGUCUACGCGACAGCGAUCUCAAGGUCAUCACCAAGUGGAACAACCCUGCGCCUGGUCUUUAUGGUGUCGUUGUCGACACAAACGUGUGGAAUGUCUGGUCCCUGCGCAAGUUCCGCGACGUCAGACUUGUCGAGGAGGAUCGGAUUAUCACGCUUCCCCCUAUGCCGACUGCGGGCUUGCCGGCGGAGCCCGAAGACAGCCCCUCCCCUCUGCCUGGCUGGAGUUGAGAGGAUUGCCUUGCGUAAAAAGCAUUCUACAUUCGCGUAGUAAGGAGAUGCGAAAUCGUGGCCUGAUGGCUUUAGUAACGCCUGGAUCCUGUUCUGGAGGCAAUGGCUGAAGGUUGCGUAUAGGGGGCACUCUCAGUGGUCAGCUUGGCG